GUCAUGUCCCGUCAUCGCUGACAGCCAAUCAGUAACGCACAUUGGCCAGUUGAGUUCGGUCGUUGCAUCGAGUUGGAUGGCGUGCGAUGGCUGAUAAUUCGGGAUCGUCGCAUUUGUCAAUCACACACUACGCUCUGAUCUACGCAUGUGAACAGCUAGAUGUCUCAUCGCCAGUCGAAAAUUGGGACAACGACGAUUCUGCGGGAUAGGAAACUGCUCUUUCUCGUUUGUUGACACCUGAGCACUGUUUCACCUGAACACCUGAGCUUGCUUAUCGAUUUAUUGGCGUGAUUGGAAUCUUAUAGAAUGGAGGAAAGUCCAACGAAAGUACGCAAGAGAGUCCAGCACGAGGACUCCUCAGUGGGAAACAAUCUACAGCAUCGCACCUGGAGCCACGACAACGAAAGCGAAGACGAGAUCACGAGCGAGAACGCGUUGCUGAACGAAGUUGUCGACGAACCGAGGCAAAGUCAUUCUAUUCCAGUGGAAUGUAAAACUUGCCCGAUCACGACAUUUGCCGAGGAGAAAAUGCGGCGCAAACUACGAUUUUUCUUUAUGAAUCCAAUUGAGAAAUGGCAAGCGAAACGACGUUUCCCAUAUAAAUUUGUUGUUCAAGUUGUUAAGAUAAUCCUUGUGACUGUGCAGCUCUGUUUAUUCGCACACAGCAAUUACAUGCAUGUGAAUUAUACUUGGGAUAAUCGAAUCACAUUCUCCCAUCUUUUUUUAAUGGGAUGGGACUCUACUCAAGAGGUACCUGCAUAUCCGCCUGCGACGGGACCAUUGGCCAUCUACAAACGAAGUAAUUUUUACGAUGCCAUUGAUUACGCUGUGCGCGGCUUCUACAACAUCGACGACGCCAUUGGUUCGUACUCGUACAUCGCCGAGGACAAUUCCGUCGGGCCUGUAGUUUUAUGUCUUUACCAGUACAAGGAAGGCACCAUAUUCGGCUUCAACGAGAGUUAUGUGUUUGAUAACGAGAUUGUGAAAACCUGCGUAAAUAUCAGUCUCGAAGUUUUCGACACAUUUAAAUCGUCGCACAAUUUUCUGCAGAAUAGAAACAUAAAUAUUAAGUUUUCCGCGCUGGUACGCGCCCAUCUCAAGUUUGCUCUAAAGACAAUAAACUUGAAAGCGGCCGGACCGAUGACACCGCCCGAUUGUUAUCGUUUCAACAUCAAAAUCGAUUUUGAUAAUCGCGAUUUUGAUGGACAAAUGCUGCUCUCGUUAGACGCCGAGGCCAGAAAAUUACAAUGCAAAGGUGACACCCGCUAUAUCACGGAUAAUCGCAUCGAAUCGGCGCUAAGGACUCUAUUAAAUUUGCUUGUCAUACUAAUCUGCGCAAUUUCCUUGCUGUUGUGCUCGCGAGCAAUAUAUAGAGCACAAGUGCUGAAGUUCGAGACGAUCAAUUUCUUCAAGAAGACGUAUGGUAUGGCGCUGAGCUUCGAAGGUCGACUAGAAUUUUUAAAUUUUUGGUACAUUAUGAUCAUCGUCAAUGAUUUAUUGAUCAUUAUUGGCACUAUCAUAAAGGAGCAAAUUGAGCGGAAACAUUCCGAGACCGAUCAUUGGAAUAUCUGCAGCAUAUUUCUCGGCACUGGUAAUUUGCUGGUGUGGUUUGGCGUAUUACGUUAUCUCGGCUUCUUUAAGACAUAUAAUGUCGUUAUUCUGACUCUGAAAAAAGCGACGCCGAAGGUAGCAAGAUUUCUUAUAUGCGCCAUCCUCAUUUAUGCCGGUUUUACAUUUUGCGGCUGGCUGGUGCUCGGUCCGUAUAAUAUGAAAUUUCGUUCCCUUGCGACCACUUCUGAGUGCUUAUUCGCGUUGAUCAACGGUGAUGACAUGUUUGCAACAUUUUCCAUCACGUCUUCCAAAUCGUCAGCAAUACUGUGGUGGUUCUCUAGAAUCUAUUUAUAUUCAUUUAUUUCGUUGUAUAUUUAUGUCGUCUUAAGUCUUUUCAUUUCUGUGAUAAUGGACGCGUAUGAUACGAUCAAGAUCUAUUAUCGUGAGGGCUUCCCGAAGAACGACUUGCAGACGUUUAUAGCUCCUUGCACAGAAGAAGCGUCGAGCGGUAUCUUCAGGGAUGACUCCGAGAGUAGCGAUCUAACAGAGUUGCUCGAUCGAUUCUGCUGUUGUCGAAAAAGGCCCUUUUACGGAUCCUUUUCAGAAUCAGUUACGAAUCCUUCGACCAAGUCUGAACAAGUGUAUGGUGGAGGCAUCUGCAUCUAAUGCAUUAAUGGAAAGUACCUGGAGAUGUUAUGGUGCAACUAUAGAUACGCGAUAUGACACUAGGAUUGCAUCAACGUCCUUGGUUUAAUAAUCUCUUGGUCGACAAUUUUUUUUUCUAAAAAAAGAACAGUAAUAUGCAAUAUGAUUUCAUAGCACGAUUAUUUGUCUCUCUUUAACUUACAUAAGAAAUUAUGUUUCUAGUGAAAAUUGUAAAUAUGUUUAAAAAAAAAAUAUUUUUUUAAAAGCAAGAUGACCAAUUAUUUUAUAACUAAUUAAAGUAUGCUAAAAAUAAAAUAAUAUCUAUAUUGCUAAGAUAAUUUCGAUUAUAAUAAAAAAAUAAGUUACCAAAUAACAAUCGAAGAGAGAUCAGCUCUAAUUGAUUGAUACAAUCAAAUAUGUAGACAAAGUAUUUUCACUAAUGUUGAUUUUGUAGCAAGUGCUGCAUGUAUUAUCGCGAUAUAUUUCUAUUACUGCCAUCUAAGUUUCAAUACCAAUAUUUUAGAAAAACUUUUAUUACAAAAUAUAUAGAUUUCUUUUUUAUUUUAAUUCUUAUAUAUAUAAAAGAAUUGAUUGCAACUGAAAAGACAAUUUCGCAACAAUUAAACAAUUUUCUACUGAACGUCUAGUAAUUCCUAAAUUUCCAACAUCAAAUCAAUUAAUAAAUAUCAAUUAAAUUGUUAAAUAAAUGUUAAAUAUAAAUUUUUCAAUGUAUAAUAACUUAUUCUUAUAUUAUAAACGUAACGUGCGCAUGCUGCAAACUGAUAAACAAACGUAAAAAAAAACGCAUUCAGUAGAAAGUUUUAAACUGUUGGCGGAGCAUCACGAAUAUAAUGCACUAAUAUAACGAAUUCUGUUGAAUAUGACCACUGUUUUAUCAAUCUACUAAAAAUUUAAAUACAGUAUUUUAUUUUAACAAUCACAUAUACAAUGUACAGUUGCGUCUAUUAUAACACAUGUUAUACAUUUAUUAUUGUACUUUGUAACUGUAAAUAUAUCUUUCUAAUACUUCAAAAAUUUAUAAAAAAUGUAUAUAUAAUAUUAAUACACUGCUUUUAUGAUAUGUACACAACGUAUAAUAUUAUAUAAAUAAUAUUACAUAUAGGAAAGCAAAAAGUAAUUAGAAAACUUCGUACAAGUGUUGCAGCUUCAUUGUUACAUAAAGCACAAUGCCGUGUUAUAUAUAU